AUGGCACAAGCUUAUGAAUUUUGCACUGAAAGAGUUUUACAACAACAAGUGCAUAGAAAGAAAAGAAAAUUACAAUUUAUAGAAGUUGUUGAUAAUGGAUCAGAUGUUGAUACUGAUUCAAUUAGUGAUUCAAGUGAUGUGAUUGGUUCAAAGGUAUUAGUAGAUACAACAACAACAGCAGCAGUCAAUCAAGGACCUGAUUUCAAAAUUGAUGAUCGUUAUUUUUCUGAUGAAGAUGAUUCCAAAAAUCUUUAUUCUCCUGAUGAAGAUGAUAAUCUUCAUAUAUAUGAAUAUGAUUCAUUUUCGUCUGAUGGUUCAUUACCAUUAUAUGAACGAACAUCUAUAACUAUUAAUAAAGCUGUUAAAAGCAUACUGAAUUUUUGCGUUGAUUCAAAUCUUGACAAACUUAAAUUGAUCUCUUUAAUGCAUUUAAUUAAAUCCUUAUUGCCGGUACCGAAUCAUCUUCCAACAACAUUUCAUCAAAUACUAAAAACACAAGGUAAAAAGCCAUCAUCUACAACUAAACUUUAUUGUAACAAAUGUUUGACCUUAACAACAUUAUAG